AGUUGAUCGCGUAAAGUGCAUCCUGAAUUCAGAAAUCAGACGAUCAAGCCAGUUCUAUGCCGGCGGAGGAUACCUGCGAGUACUGAAGAGCAGAUAAUACCCAUCAGACAAUACGCCUCUUUACUGGAAAAUAUUUUCCAGGAUCUUGAACCAAGAACAGCAGAAUGGCUCCAGCCAAAGUCGUCGAGGAGAAGGGCGAGUCCUCAACAGCCGCAGCCAAAAAAGCCGUAUCAGCGAAUGCAAAUGGCGCUCCAAACUACGAGCUACCAUGGGUUGAAAAGUACAGACCUGUAUUCCUCGACGAUGUGGUUGGAAACACCGAGACGAUCGAGCGGUUAAAAAUCAUCGCAAAGGACGGCAACAUGCCGCACGUCAUCAUCUCGGGAAUGCCAGGUAUUGGAAAGACGACCAGUGUUCUCUGCUUGGCGCGGCAACUGCUAGGGGAUUCAUACAAGGAGGCGGUUUUAGAACUGAACGCCAGUGACGAGCGAGGAAUCGAUGUGGUCCGAAACAGAAUCAAAGGAUUUGCUCAAAAGAAAGUUACCCUACCGGCAGGACGACACAAGCUGGUGAUUCUUGAUGAGGCCGACAGCAUGACGUCCGGCGCACAGCAGGCCCUGAGGCGUACCAUGGAGAUCUAUUCCAACACGACCCGAUUUGCUUUCGCGUGCAACCAGUCCAACAAGAUCAUAGAACCUCUGCAGUCUCGAUGCGCUAUCCUUCGGUAUGCGCGCCUGACGGACGCACAGGUGGUCAAACGGCUACUGCAGAUCAUCGAGGCCGAGAAGGUCGAGUACAGCGACGACGGGCUGGCCGCGCUGGUAUUCAGCGCCGAGGGCGACAUGCGUCAGGCCAUCAACAACCUGCAGUCGACGUAUUCUGGUUUUGGGUUUGUGAGCGGCGACAACGUCUUCAAGGUCGUCGACUCGCCGCACCCGAUCAAGGUCCAGGCCAUGCUGAAGGCGUGCCACGAGGGCAACGUCGACUCGGCGCUCGAUGCGCUGCGGGAGCUGUGGGGGCUGGGUUACUCGAGCCACGACAUCAUCAGCACCAUGUUCAAGGUCACCAAGACGAUACAGACGCUCAGUGAACACACCAAGCUGGAGUUCAUCAAGGAGAUUGGCUUUGCGCACAUGAAGAUCCUCGAGGGCGUGCAGACGCUGUUGCAGCUGAGUGGCUGUGUAGUCAGGCUGUGCAAGUUGAAUAUGGAUCCGAAAAAGUUUGAGAUACCCAAAAAGUGAAUAAGCUCCGGGGAUGGAGAAAUCACGGGCGAUGCCUGCCAUGCAAGAGUCUGUGUGUCUAGGUUUCUUUGGUUUUUUUUUUCUCUCAUGGCGUCGGCGUUCGGGACUGCGACGCUUGUUACUUUAGCGCGAUAAAUAGAUUGAUG